AUGUCCUCCCUCCGCUUCCAUUCUCUACGCUCCCCUCCGGACAUUUCCAAAGCUAGCCGCAAUGCUGUUCUUUUUGUGAAUAGCACGUUUCAUUCGGUGGAAGAUCUCGAAGGGCUCGAAAAAUUCGCGUCGGACGUAGAGCGAGAGGACAAGGAACUGAAACAGAAGCUUGAAAUAUCGCAAGCCGAUGUAGACGCUCUCAUUGCUCAGACACGCGAGACCGCCAUCGUCCACUCGACAACCGCACAAGAGCUGGCGCUGCAACGGCACUCGCUCGCGGAUGAGCUGUCGUACUUGCACAACCAACUCACCUCCGCCAUGUCCGUUGAGCACCACGAGGCGACACUGCUGGAGGAUAUCGAGACACUGCAUCGAAACCUCCAGGAGUUGGAGAGCGUGCGGGGAUACGUUCAGGUCAUUCAUCAUGCAUUACAGCUUAGCGAUGCUGCUUGCGAGCAAAUCCGCUCCGGUUCUGCCGCGACAUUAAUCACUAUGAGCUCGGUGUCCCAGUACCAGGCACUGCAAGACUUCGUGGCCAAUGUAUCUGGUGCUUGUUCAAACAUCGAAGACGGCUCGACAAAGCAGAAGCUCCAUCUCGUCAUCUUCCUGGAGAAAAUCCGCGAUAAGUGCUGGCUGGACAUGAAGGGCUUGAUUUCUGCGAGGCUUCUCGAAGCGGCGGAGAAGAUAGGGUGGCCGAUGCCAGUUGACUACGUCUCCGCUGCUUCUGAGGAUCGUGCCGACUUCGAAAGGGCGUUCCGGGCCUUGCUGAAGCUACAAACCAUUGGGGAAAACCUUCACUUGGAUAAAGACGGACUCUACCCUUUGCAGGCCUUGGUGCAGCCACUAUCGCUUCGAUUCAAAUAUCACUUUGAAGGCUCGCGACAAACGAACCGCUUGGAUAAGCCCGAAUGGUAUUUUACACAUAUUUUGAACGCUAUCCACGACCACAAGUCGUUCCUGGAAUCGGUGGUCCAGCCCUUGUUAUCAACUACGACAGAGUACCGGGACAUUGAUGCCUCCCGGGAAUUUACGUUAUUGCUCCUGCCAAUCUUGGCUCGCAAACUCCGACGAUCAAUGGCUUCGUUACUGCCCCAUCCGGCGUUGCUUGCACACACGAUCUACCAGGCCUUGGUUUUUGAUGACGCUGUGCGCGAAGAUGGUUUCGCACUCGCUCACACGACCACGGGGAGUGGGGACUGGCCUGGAAUCUGUGAUGUCAUUCUGGGACGAGAAGAGUGGUUUUCGGCCUGGUUGGAAGGCGAGCGACAAUUCACUGAGCAUCAGUAUGAAGACUUAAUAAGCUCUUCCGAUGCAUGGCAGAUUGCGGAUGAUGACGGAGAGGGUUCGGACGCGAAAACAACAAACUCUUCACGGCGACUGAAGGCAUUAGUCGAGCAAGUGACAGACCGAUACUCUCCUCUCCCUCACUUCGCACACCGCACUCGAUUCUUGAUUGCAGUCCAGAUCCCUCUUUUGGAGAACUACCAGAGUCGGGUGUCGUCGUCCCUCGAUGCCUUUGAGACUCUUUCCUCCGCGUUUGUGCGAGCCGUACCAGGCGCAUUGUCGGUCAGUCUCGGCGGGCGAGACGAAGGCUCGGUCAAAGUCGACGCGCGGCGGCUGACUGACGGUGUCGAGGGCGUGCAACGGCUUGCCAAGGCAUGGCUGAGUGCCAAGUUCAUGAUCGCGGCAAUGAAGGGAUGGGGUGAAGACCUGUUCUUCCUCGAACUGUGGACGGAGAUCAACCAUCGGCCGGCACUGCGGGCCCAGGUCCAGCACCUCCACUGCUUACCGGAACCGUCGGCGGUGGGGUCGACGGAUCCCGAGGAUGCGAUCUUCGAUGAACUGGUUGGUCGGUACGACCGAUUGGCUAUUCGUGCGGAGGACAUGAUCGUAUUACAAAUCUGCGGCGAAGUUGAAGGCGGCUUACGAGCACACUUCUCAAGCACUCAGUCACCCAAUCCCAACGACGACAUCGCUCUGUCUCAGAGUCUGCUCUCGCCUCUUGCGGUGCUCUCGACGCUCUUGAAAUACCUGCAGACAAUACUGCCGCUUGCGACGCUUACAGUGCUGUAUCGACGGAUCGCAGCUCGACUGGCUGAGCACAUCUUCCAGCGACAGAUCAUGUAUCGAGGGCAGAUCAGCACACAGGCUGGCAAGGCGAUCCAUGCUGAAUGCGAGAUCUGGGUCCAGACGUGUCAGGCUGUGCUGGCUGGGUCGCUCAGCAGGACUCGCGUCGAGGCGCCGUGGCUGACAUUGUUGACGGCGGGACGAGUCGUGGGGCUCGAUGGAGAAGCCUGGGACAAACUGAAGCGAGUUACGUUUGGCACAGUUGCAGAUUCGGCCUGGACCGAUGCUGUGCUGGAGCUCAUCCAAGUCUGUGAGCUGCCCAGAGAGGAGGUGCAAAAGAUUGUGCAGUGCAGGGAAGGAUGACUUUGCGAUUUGAUCGAUGGUACGUACAUACAUGGUAGACAGCAGGAUAAACAAAGCAAGGAUUAAGUGCUCUCGCCUGACGC